AUGGCGGCUACUACCGAUGUCAAGAACUACAAGUUCAACCACUCCAUGAUCCGGGUCAAGGACCCCAAGGAGUCGGUCAAAUUCUACGAAUUCCUCGGCAUGUCCCUCCUCAAGAAGCUCUCCUUCCCCGAAGCCAAAUUCGACCUCUACUUCCUCGGCUACGACGCCCCUGGCGGCGCUGUCUCUGCGGGUGCCAACCUCUGGGACCGCGAAGGUCUAAUUGAGCUAACCCACAACUACGGCACCGAGUCCGACGACUCCUACAAGAUCAACAACGGCAACGUCGAGCCCCACCGUGGCUUCGGCCACACCUGCAUCAGCGUCGACAACCUCCAGGCGGCCUGCCAACGCCUCGAAGACGCCGGUUACAGGUUCCAGAAGAAGCUGAGCGACGGUCGCAUGAAGCACAUUGCGUUCGCCCUGGACCCGGAUGGCUACUGGGUGGAGAUUAUCGGUCGCAAGCCGGUCGAGGAGACUUCUGAGAUUAAGGAGACGGAUCUGAAGACGUACCGGAUGAACCACACCAUGUUGAGGGUGAAGGAUGCGGAGAAGUCACUCAAGUUUUACCAGGAGGUGUUGGGCAUGAAGUUGGUCAGGACGCACGAGGCCAAGGAAGCGGGUUUUAACUUGUAUUUCCUUGGGUAUGGCGAUGAGAAGCAGAACACGGCGGAUCGUGAGGGUUUGUUGGAGUUGACGUGGAAUUAUGGGACGGAGAAGGAUGAGAACUUUUCGUACCAUAACGGUAACGACCAGCCUCAAGGGUUUGGGCAUAUUUGCUUGUCAGUUGACAACAUCGAGGCUGCUUGCGAGCGUCUGGAGGGUCUUAACGUCAACUGGAAGAAGAGGCUGACGGAUGGUCGCAUGAAGAACGUUGCGUUCGUUCUUGAUCCUGAUGGCUACUGGAUUGAGUUGGUCCAGAAUGAGCGCUUCACUGGCCAGUCUAACUUCUAA